AUGUCAGCUACGUUAGCGACAUACCACGGUGGGGAUGGUGAUGGCAGGGAUCCCCCUGAUCCUUCUAGGGUACCGUCGUCUUGCGAAGCAGUUCCACCUCCGGUCAGAAAGGGUCGUGGGGUUGCCGCAAACGCUAAUCUCGAAAAAAAAAGGAGAGAAGCUGGUAAGCCCUUACCGGUGGAGGUAGAUCUUGAAACAGGCAAAGUUGUUGGCACUGAAGCAAGCAAUUAUGUUCGAUUUCUUGGCCAACAAGUAAGCAUGUUGUGCCCGGGUGGUCAUCUAAAUUUUUCUGAUGUACCCCAACAAUACAAGGAUCAAGUGCUCAAUCGAAUUAGAUACUACUUUGAUAUCGAUGGGAAUCCCCAUCGAGACCUACUUAUGGGGACUUUAUACUCGGUGAUGGCGGAGCGGGGGGGUCCUCCUGGAGAGCAUGUAGUUGAAGCAUGGAAGGAGAUCCAUGUGAAAAAACCGUCUGGAACUUUCGUUAAUGAAUUAGCUGCAAAAGAUUAUGAGGAACUGAUCAAGGAGCUUGAUAGGAAGCGACUGGAACGACAAUCCCAGAGCGAUACUGGGACUGAAUCUGAAUCUGAUACUGGUUAUCAGUUUGACGUUAUGGAAACAGUUCUAGGCCAAAGAUCUGACUAUCAAAGAGGCGUGGGUAAAAGGCUCAAGGGCAAAGGAAAGAAACCAAUCCCUCAAACUCAAUCAACGGUGCCUCCCCAACCAACUACUGAAAUGAUGAGCACUGUGGCAGAUAUAUUCUCAGCUAUGUGUGCCACUUGGGGGGGUAAUUUGACGCCUGAACAACGUGCCCAAAUAUUUAACCCACGCUUUGACAAUUUCAUUCAAACGUAUAGUCAGUCGCAGUCGCCUGGUGGUUCGUCUUCUCAGAGUCAUGCCGCUCCUCCGGAACAGCAACAACAACCUCCUUCGCAACCACAAUUUCAGCCUUCCUCGCAACAACAAUUCCAAAAUUUGUCACAGCAGCAAUUUGAAAAUUUUUUGCAGCAGCAACAACCCCAAUCUUUUCCUCAGCAGUUUCCUCAGCAGCAACAACAGUCUGCUCCGCCAAUGGGAAAUCAGUUCUUAUACCGAACACCGUCAGAGUCUCCUCCGCUCGGCUCAAACUUUGCUGAUUUUGGAUUAUUUGGGAGUUCAUCGCAGGAGAACCAAUUUUAUUCAACUCCCAUUUUCAACCAAGCUGAGCUCGGUAAUUUAACGCUGGGUUUAUCAUCAGACCAAGCGUAUGUGCCUUCUCCGCCACGGGCUUCGGGGACUCGUACCGAAAAUAAUCCAGAUCAAGACUUCAUAAUUAGAGACCUGAAUGAAGAUGUUAAUGAAUAAUUUAUUUAUGUUUUGUAAUAAUUUAGUUUAAUUUUGAGACAAUAUUUUAUUAGGAUUAAUAUGUUAAAGUUAAUUACUUUGGAGACAAUUUUAAAUUAUUAAUGAAUUUUAUUAAAUUGUUUUAA